CGUGUCGUCUCGGCCCCUCGACCGACCCAAGCGCCCCGCCCCGCAGCAACAAAAAAAUCUACUCUACAUCACUCACGCUCGCCGCCCGCAUCUCUCUAGGCUCCGACCGCCCGCAUCUCUCUAGGCUCCGACCGCUCGCACCUCCGGCGAUGUCGGCGGCGGUGGGCGGCGCCGAGUUCCACGGCUUCGGUGGCGCGGCGCAGCUCCCGCGGUCCCGGAUGCUCGGCAGGCCCGUCAGGGUGGCGCCGCCAGGGGCGACACCCGCCGGCAGCGGGCCCUCGGCGGCCAGCAUUCGCGCCGUCUCCACGCCUCUGAAGAAGGAUGCAAAAGAAGUUAAGCGAAGCAAGGUGGAGAUAAUCAAGGAGAAGAGCAAUUUCCUUCGGUACCCGCUGAACGAGGAGCUGGUCUCAGAGGCUCCCAAUGUCAACGAGACUGCUGUCCAGCUCAUCAAGUUCCACGGAAGCUACCAGCAGAGCGACCGGGAAGUUCGUGGGCAGAAGAACUACUCGUUCAUGCUCCGGACAAAGAAUCCUUCCGGAAAAGUUCCGAACCAGACUUACUUGGCCAUGGAUACACUGGCCGAUGAGUUCGGGAUCGGAACGCUCCGUCUGACAACCAGGCAAACAUUUCAGCUGCACGGCGUUCUUAAGAAGAACUUGAAGCAUGUCAUCAGCACUGUGAUAAAGAAUAUGGGAUCAACCUUAGGUGCCUGUGGAGACCUCAACAGGAAUGUGCUUGCGCCUGCGGCGCCAUAUGUGAGAAAGGAUAUCCUUUUUGCCCAAGAAACUGCUGAGAAUAUUGCGGCACUUCUUGCGCCACAGUCGGGGGCUUAUUAUGAUCUGUGGGUGGAUGGAGAGAAGAUAAUGUCAGCGGAAGAGCCUCCUGAGGUCACCAAAGCCCGGAAUGACAACUCACAUGGAACAAACUUCCCUGAUUCCCCUGAACCAAUCUACGGGACCCAGUAUCUGCCCAGGAAGUUCAAGAUUGCGGUCACAGUUGCUGGUGAUAACUCUGUUGAUAUUCUGACCAAUGACAUCGGUGUUGUUGUUGUUUCAGAUAGUGCUGGGGAGCCUGUUGGCUUUAACCUCUAUGUUGGAGGUGGCAUGGGAAGGACACACCGAAUAGAAACCACAUUCCCUCGUCUGGCUGAUCCACUUGGAUAUGUUCCUAAGGAGGAUAUAUUAUAUGCUAUAAAGGCAAUCGUUGUCACUCAGAGGGAGAAUGGAAGAAGAGACGACCGCAGGUAUAGCAGAAUGAAGUAUCUGCUUGACAGCUGGGGUAUUGACAAGUUCCGGGCUGAGGUUGAAAAAUACUAUGGAAAGAAGUUUGAAGAUUUUCAUCCAUUGCCAGAAUGGCAAUUCAACAGCUACCUUGGCUGGCAGGAACAGGGCGAUGGUAAAUUAUUCUAUGGAGUGCAUGUUGAUAACGGUCGUCUUGGGGGGCAAGCAAAGAAAACUCUGCGAGAGAUAAUUGAGAAGUAUAGCUUGGAUGUUAGUAUUACUCCAAACCAGAAUCUUAUCUUAUGUGGGGUUGAUCAGGCAUGGAGAGAACCCAUAACUGCAGCUCUUGCUCAAGCUGGCCUGUUGGAACCAAAGGACGUUGAUCUCCUGAACAUAACCUCCAUGGCAUGCCCUGCCUUACCUCUGUGCCCUCUAGCACAAACAGAAGCUGAGCGAGGGAUCCUACCGAUACUUAAACGAAUUAGAGCAGUUUUCGACAAGGUUGGCAUCAAGGAUGAGGAGUCUGUAGUGGUGAGGAUAACUGGCUGCCCCAAUGGAUGCGCCAGACCAUACAUGGCAGAGGUUGGCUUUGUUGGUGAUGGCCCAAACAGUUACCAGAUUUGGCUUGGAGGAACACCAAACCAGACCACGUUGGCAGAAACGUUUAUGAACAAAGUGAAGCUACAAGAUAUCGAGAAGGUUUUGGAACCACUGUUCUCCUACUGGAAUAGCACACGCCAGGAAGGCGAAUCUUUUGGGAGCUUCACAAACCGAAUGGGAUUUGAGCAACUGAAGGAGGUGGUGAACAAGUGGGAGGGGUCAGCGUCAGCCGCAUGAGAGCUGUAUUUGCUGGACACGUCCCAGCACCAUUUUUUGCUGGGGUGAGAAUCUGGUGGCGACCAAGUACUCUACGGAUUAUUUUUAUAUAAAAGCUAGGAGAGGAGGAGGAAACCUGUCAAUUCCGUUGACAGGCGGACGAUGAAGGAAGAUCCGGGUCUGAAGAAGUUGCUCCUUUGUGUUUGUGUUGAGGUUUUUUUUUUUGUGUGUACUUGUAUGGAUUACUCCGUUGGCCGCCCUGUUUAGCCUGAGAAUAAAUUCCUUGCAAAAAGAAGAAAUACCACUUGAUAAUAAAUUUGUCCAAGGCAGCGGUGCUUUUGGUAUUGUUCGGCACA